CUUCCCGUCAGUCUGUUUGUCCCCCAUCAUGAGGGUCAAGUGGAUCUUUGUUGGCUUCUUUAAAGCCCCACUUCUCUGCCUGUUCUGCCUGUCUGAGGAUACGGAUCUGUCGGGCCCAGAGGUGGUAAGUGCAGCACCUGGAGGAUCUGCGACUAUUUCUUUUCGGUAUGACGAGAAGUUCAGCGGAAACCAAAAAUACUGGUGCAAAGGACCAGUGUAUGAGUUUUGUGCCGUAGUGGUGAGGACACCCAAAAAACAACAAAACAACAGAAGCCUCAUUGUUGAUGAUAAGAGGACAGGCAUCAUCACAGUCACCGUGCAUUCGCUCAGUAAGAGCGAUGAGGACAAGUACUGGUGCGUCAUCUCGAGACAUGGAAGGAACGUCUUCACUGGUGUCAGGCUCCUUGUCUCUGAAUCAGUGCCAACCUACACCACACCAAGCACUUUAUCAAUGGAAAAUGAUGAAAUAAGCUGCUGGGCGACUCUACGAUGGAUCCUUUUUGUUUUGAUGUUGUGUUGUUUGGUAUUAACACAGAUCACUGUGUGGAGGAUAAAGACAGCAAAGACAACGCCAAAACAUCAGCUUCUCAAUAAAGCCUUAAAUAUCUGUAAAUAAGGGUCUAAUUUUUCAAUCAUGACUAGCUGUUAGAUGUGAUGAAGGAUAACAGACAUGUGGUUUCCUAUCAUGUCAUAAAUCACACCCAUUUCAAAGUUUUAUGAGACACCUGCAAUUGUGAUGGAAUGUUUCUGUCUGAGGUGAUUUGUGCCUUUCAUUUACCAUCAAGGAUAAGUCGUGCUAAGAUUCCACAAAUAUGCUCCAUACUGUACAGUUUUCUCUAAGGCACUUGUGAUUCAUAUGCAACAACCCUGUUAACUGUAGCUGCAACAAUGUGAGCUAUCUCAUGCAAAGCAGUGAUUGUUAAUAUUUACAUGAACAUGUAGGCUAAAAAUAAGGCAUCGUCUUCAGUAACUGUGCGAUUUAGACUUUUAUUGUUUUCUUUAACUGUAUUUUUUCUGUAGCAAAUAAAAGCAGAUUUGGUUAUUUUACCACGAUUUUCACUGUUUUAUAGGUCACCUUUAUUGGUCUGUGUUUAGGACUUUGCUCGAAUCAAUCGAUUUUAAAAACAUGUUUCUCAGUUUUGUUUUGUGAUGUAAUGUUGUGCUUUGUAAUGCACUAUUAUAUCAUCAUCAUCUUAAUUAAACUAUAGACUGUCUGUC